GGACAGGUGGGAGGUUAUGGUGUACCUGACCAACCCACCUGAGCUGGUCAUUCAGAAAGCAGGACAGGCACAAGUGGGACAAACAGGACAGAGGAUUUUUCACACACUGCUUUCAGCCUGAGAUCUUCUUCAACUUCAGCUAGAAGGUCAGAAGGUGCCAGAAAGUAUUAGGGUGAGCAUGACAUCAUUUGUGCCACAAGCCCUGUCACCCCAGUUCCACAAUAUGGGGCAGGAGCCGCAAGAAUACAGCCUGUACAGUGACAGCUUCUACAGCCCACCGCCGCUGCCGAGUGCACAGCAGACCUUACCAUCCGCCUGUGACCUGGGAGAGUACGCCACUCCGGCCACCAACCCGUAUCUUUGGUUCGGUGGUGCUGGCUUUAACCAUGCACAGUACCUUGCAGGGGCACACCAGCCCUAUGGGAUGCAAAGACCCUACCUAGGUGCAGGAGGAAUGGGAGGCCCAGAGGGCGGCUUCAGCUGGUUCCCUCUGCCUACUCAAGAAGACCUGAUGAAACUCGUCAGGCCCCCGUAUUCCUACUCUGCUCUGAUUGCCAUGGCUAUAAGCGGGGCCCCUAAUCGCAGGCUUACUCUCAGCCAAAUCUACCAGUAUGUGGCUGACAACUUCCCUUUCUACAACAAGAGCAAAGCUGGCUGGCAGAACUCCAUUCGGCACAACCUGUCUCUCAAUGACUGCUUCAUGAAGGUGCCAAGAGAUGACGACGAUCCAGGAAAAGGCAACUACUGGACUCUCGACCCAAACUGCGAGAAGAUGUUCGACAACGGCAACUUCCGUCGCAAGAGAAAGAGAAAGUCCGACGCUCUGUCUGAAGACGCAGGAUCAGACUCUACAGCAUCCAGCCCAAAAGACCACAGUAACACCACCAGCAACAACUCGGACAGAGGACUUUCUCCAGUCUCUGGAGGCUCAGGCCCGUGCCUCAACGGCUUCUUGUCCCAUAUGAACGAGGUGGUUUCAGGUUCGAGUAAUGUGCAAGAGGAUGCUCUGCUCCCCUCGAUGCCAAUGGGUCUGCCCUUGGAUGCCCACAGGGCUUCUCCACCUGGGGGAUUCGGCUCCUACUCUCCAAGCGCUACAGUUCCACAGUGGGAUUCCCAGGUUCCUCCCCCAUCUCAGCCCACCCUUUCCACCUCACCCUCUCACUACACACCCGGUUACAGUGACUCAGUGCUCAGCCAGUUCAGCAGCCACCUUUACCCAAGCCUGGACUCUACUGGCAUGGUGUACUCACGAGAAGGCACCGAGGUGUAGAACCUUCGUGGGUGGGUGAGUUUCCCACCAGGCACUUGACAAAGCGGUUGGUUAAAGAAGCUGACUCUAUUCCUGGUGAUUCCUGAGUCAGCAGGUCACAGCAGACACUGAGGUCCAACCACUUCCCCCCACCCGUGUGAAUACACACACACACACACACACACACACACACACAGUCCGAGCUAAGCCUCAGACGCUGAUAUCAUCUCAUUUCAAGUUGCAGCUAUGUGUUUCAGAAGUUCUGAUGUUGUUUUGUGUGUAAAUUGCUUUGAAUUUCUGAAACAGACUGUUGUUGUAUAUUAUUGCACUGGAGUUUGUUAUGUAUAAUGAUUAUUAAAUUUAUUUGUUUUUUUUAUAUUUUUUAUAUGUAUGUAUUUGGGAUUAUGUAUUUGUGCAGAAA